AGGGUGUAGGUGUAGGUGUGUUUGAUGACCUUGUUGUCAGGAAUAUGUACGUGCAAUAAUACAGAGAUAGAGUCUGAAACCAUACUAGUCACCUGCUUUGAUCGGUUAUAUAUCGACUCGCGCUGCCACCGGUUUCAGUCUGUCGUCCAGGAGCCUCUCUGGUCAGUUUCACCGUCCUUUAACCAUCUGAGUAUUGUUCUGAUCAUGGCUGUGACCAACCAACCAGGCAGCUACACACCCUCGGAGUUCCAGACAGGCCUGUGUAAUUUCUGCGAUGACUGUGGAACUUGCUGCUAUGGUCUGUGCUGCUACCCGUGCCUCGGCUGCACAAUCGCCAGCGACAUGAACGAGUGCUGCCUGUGUGGUCUGACCAUGGCGAUCCGCAGCGUCUACAGGACCAAAUACAACAUCAGAGGGUCACUGUUUACGGACUUUAUGGUGCACAUGUGCUGUCCGGUGUGUGCCACCUGCCAACUGAAGAGAGAUAUCGACCGCAGGAAGGAGCAAGGCAUUUUCUGAACAGCUACAAUCCUCUGAAGGAAAUGACAUUCAUCUCUUCCAGUCAGUUAAACAUUAGUCAGCUGCCUGGGACACAACCUGGGAGUGGAAAACAUCAACAUGAUUUAUUGUUACAGUUAUAAAAUAAUGUUUUAAAAGUUGUAUCUGUGCUGUCGUCUGCAGUUGACAGGAUGUGGA